AGCAGUACUAAAACUUCAAACAGAAGAAGAUGAAAUCAGGACCACUUGAAGCUGGUGAGGUCUCCAAGGUUUCAACCCCAACAAAAGGUGUGAGCAGAGGGGUGUCCAUAGUGGACCUCAUUCUCCGAAUUUUCGCAGCCAUUGGAACUCUAGCAAGUGCUGCGUCCAUGGGAACUUCUCAGGAGACGCUUCCUUUUGUCACGCAGUUCGUACGAUUCAAUGCUCAAUACAAUGAUAUUGAUACCUUCGUGUUGUUUGUGAUUGUCAAUUCCAUAGUAUGUGCAUAUCUUGUUAUCGUCUCUCUCCCACUAUCCAGCUUCCACAUUAUCAGGAGUGGAGUAAGAACCAGUAGGCUCGUAUUGAUCAUCCUUGAUACGGCAAUGGUGAGUCUUCUCACCGCGGCGGCUUCAGCAGCAGUAACCAUCGUAUACUUGUUACACAAUGGGAACGCUUCAGCAAACUGGUUCCCGAUAUGCCAACAGUUCCAGAACUUCUGCCAAACCACUUCUGGAGCUUUGAUCGGCUCUUUUUGUUCCAUCGUUAUGUUUAUAAUACUAAUCCCUCUGUCGGCCUUCGCAUUGUCACGACACUAAUUGUCUUCAGGGGACUGCCAAUUUCAUCUGUGUGACUGUGUGUAUUUGAUGAUCAUUUAUGUGUGUAUCUAUAAGUUAUAUACAGUAUAUCUUAUCUUCACGUAUCUUCGUGCUUUAUAUUCAAAAGUGUGUGACUUUUUGUACAGUUGCUUGAAAAUACAACUUGCAAAGCAAUUUUACAAUUUCAUGUAACAGAAAUAAAAGACAUUAAAGAAAGAAUGGAUACAG